AUGACUGCAUCAAAAAUCAUCUAUCUUUACCAUGAAGAGUGUCGUGAACAUUGUGUGGAGCCGCUAAAGGAGCAUACCUGUUUCUGUCUUCUAGAGGUUUGUAGUACGUCUAAGCAAAAGUCCUUGCAGGGGUUGGACAGUACGUCUACAACUGGUGAAGAAGCAUAUGAGGUGACAGCCUCAAUCGUUGAGAAUGUAGGUUGACACGGUGCUGGUGCAACAUAAACCCAAGACACCCUUCGGUCAUUAUGGGCUGGAAGGAAUUAUCUCAAAAGUGUAUACAAGAGUCCUCUAGGACUGGAAGAGCCUUGUGCUGAUCACUCUACUGUGUUUGCACUAUUGGAUCCAGUCUAA